AUGAGCUUAGCCAGUGAGUUACAUCGAGUAAGAUCAAUCGAUAGUGGCGAUGAGGGUUCCAGCGCUUUAAAUACAUCCUCCGACUCCACACAAAGUCUACUACGGAGAAUCUCAUCACCAAUAAUAUCUGACUUGCCAAAUAUAUUCAGUCAUUUAAGGUCUAAUGACAGUGAAGCUGUGGUGAAGAAUGUUGGUGGGAAAAGUAUUAUUAAGCGCGUUUUGAGUGGCAACAAGUCUAGCGAUAGUGUGGGCUCAUCUGGUACAGUGUCAUCAAUUUCAAGCUCUUUCUCAGGGAAACAAUUAACCGGUGAUUCCCUAGUUGAAACAAAUGAUGAGGAGGUGAAAACUCUAGUCCCUGACUCCAACAUAACAAAAUCAAUUGAUCAAUUAAGGAUCCCUAGUGUGUUCCAAACAGAUGGCCUACCGUUACUUAAAGUGUCACACAAAUCAAAGAAACGCAUCCUAUUAUUUAUUGAUUUGGUAAACUUUUCCUUUCUUUGGAAGCUAGCUCCAAAUCCAGCUUCUCAGGGUAAUAAACGAUUGUCGAUGCAUGGGUCAAGCCAAAGAGUGCACGAGUUCACCGUUGACGAUAUCAAGUUUGUGUACACCCACGAGAAAGGCUCCAACUACCGGGAAGAGCUACGAAUAUCAAAAGAGUUUGAAACUAGGUGGAUUACAUUGAUUUAUUUUAAUAGAAGAAAAGGUAAUUUGAAAAUGCUUCAUUUGAUUGCUGAUACUGAGCACGAUUUUAAGCGAUUAAAUCUGGCUUACGUUACAAUGAGGGAUUUGCGACAUCACCUUGCAACUGAGUUUCUUGUUGAUUUGAAUGAAUUGGAUGAGGCACACAUGAAGAUGAUUUUGAAUCGCGAGGUUCCCAUUCAGCAAAAGCAACAAACCAAGGAGUUUCUCACAUUUAGUGACAUUUUAAAGUAUGCGAGGCGUCUUGGUAUUAGUAUCAAUAAACUGUAUUUGGAAAGUAUAUUCAACAAUGUAUUUGAGGCGCAUAUCGAGUCAGUGGAUUCUGAUGAAAAGGGGCUCAAUUUUGAACAAUUUAAAGAGUUUAUAUCCAUACUAAAGCGGAGAGAAGACAUCAUGACGCUCUGGGAAAACAGCUGCACUGAUAGCUCCCUCGGAAUGAAUCGAUUGGACUUUGAACAUUUUUACUUAGGUGUACAGCAUGAAAAACAAGACAAAACUGCAAUGGAUUCCAUUUUUAGUCAGUUUUCAGCAACUGGCAAGUAUUGGACUGCGGACGAUUUAAACUCGUACCUAUUGUCCAGCCAUGCAAACCCAAUUCGCGACAUUGAGACAAACAGUUAUUAUACGUAUCCUUUAACAGACUACUACAUAUCAUCAUCGCACAACACAUACUUAACCGGUAGGCAAGUCGGGGGUGACUCGUCUAUUGAUGGAUACGUUAGAGCGCUUCAACGUGGCUGUCGAUGUAUUGAAAUAGAUAUAUGGGAUGGCUCAAAUGAAGAAGACACUGAUUGCACUGAACAAGAGCCAAUAGUCAACCAUGGAAGGACAUUCACCAAACCCAUCAAAUUUUUCAAUGUUGUUAAAACAAUCCAAAAAUUUGCAUUUAUAACAUCGCCGUAUCCUUUGAUUCUCAGUUUGGAAAUAAAUUGCUCACCUGUUAGUCAAAUAAAAGUUGUCAAGACUUUGAAGGAAACAUUGGGGUCCAGUCUUGUUACAUCCACCAUCGAUGAUAGCUCGACUUUGCCCUCUCCUGAGCAGCUCAAAUACAAGUUUUUGAUCAAGGCGAAAAAGACCAGUCCGUUUAAAGAUUUGAUUGAAACUGACGAAGGAAGCUUUACCACAUCCACCACUACCACUUCGUAUUCGGAGGACAAUUCAGCCACCAAACCCUCAGGGAAAACAUUUAGCAUACGAAGAAAGACUAAAGCUCCUAAAGUCAUUGAUCAAGUCAGUGAAUUAGGUGUAUAUCUACAAGGUAUCAAGUUUCGUAACUUUUCGUUACCAGAAUCGAAAAUCUACAAUCACUGUUUCUCCCUCAGUGAAAAGACAAUCAACAAGAUGAUGAAAGACGAGGUAAAGAAAACGUCACUAGACAAGCAUAACCGAAAGUACUUUGUGCGGGUUUAUCCAUCAGGGUACAGAGUCACUUCAACCAACUUUAACCCAAUAAAAUAUUGGGAACAUGGGGUACAGAUGGUGGCUACAAAUUGGCAAACGUAUGAUCUCGGGCAGCAACUAAAUGAAGCAAUGUUUGAGGGAGUGAACAAGGAAGGUUAUGUUUUGAAGCCGACACAUUUGAGAAAACCUAUUAUCAAGAGUUCCAAGUUUUUCAAAAUGUUUCAACCAGCUUCAAAAACAAUACGAUUUAAUAUAAGUAUAAUCGGUGCUCAUCAAUUGCUGAAGCCGAAGGAUACCGAUGAUGUGAUUAACCCAUUUGUUUCAUGUGAGAUAAUAGGCGCUGAUAAACUCAAUUGGAAUUCAUCGUCUAUGGAACCUGGAAGGACCAGAGUAAUCACUGAUAAUGGGUUCAAUCCCAUUUGGAAUGAAGCGUUUAGUGGAACCAUCACAGGAUCUCUCGAUUUAGUGUUUGUCAAAUUUGUUGUGCAUACAGUUUCCAACGUUGACAAAAUGGAAGAUGCGCAUCCUUUGGGUCUACUAGUUGCCAAAUUGGGCUACCUCAAACAAGGGUAUAGGUAUUUAUACCUCAAUGAUUUAUUCGGUGAACAAUUGGUGUAUUCUUCCUUGUUUGUCAAGAUUUCGUAUGAUUGUGUAUAA